AUGAUUAUAUUCCUGGAAUGUGAUGAUUCUCCUGAUGAUAAUGACACUUCUCCCAAUAAUGAUGAUUCUCCUGAUGAUAAUGACACUUCUCCCAAUAACAAUGUUACUCCUCCUCAAAAUGAUGAUUCUGUUCCCAAUAAUGACGAUACACCUUCCAAUUUGAUAAGUCUCUAG